AAAAGUCUAUUGGUUAACACUUUGUUAAAAUAACAAAUGGAUAAUAAAAGCUUCUGAAGGGGCUAAGAAUUAAUCGAUUUAAAGGUUUAGUAAAAAAGGUAUUCAAGUUAAUUCUAACUGAUAGCGGAUGAGAAAAGGCAUUGAAGACCACAGGUGUAAAGUUGGAAAUUCAAGCAUUUUUUUCAUAAUCGAGGAAAGUUGUGUUAUAAUUCAGACUUGAAAUAUCCGAAGUUGAAAAAUACACAUAUUCAAUAACUAACUUUAUUUGUGAUCGAUAAUUAAUGAUGAGUUCCGAAGAUAUGAGUCCGGAAGAUCUUUCUUCCCCUGGAAGUGACAAUAUUGACUAUGGUGAUGCUUCUAAAGCGGGAAAUAUGGAUCAUGUCAAAAGACCAAUGAAUGCAUUCAUGGUUUGGUCAAGAGGACAAAGACGAAAAAUGGCACAGGAUAAUCCAAAAAUGCACAAUUCUGAAAUCAGCAAACGACUUGGUGCUGAAUGGAAAUUACUUUCAGAAGAUGACAAAAGACCCUUUAUUGAUGAGGCAAAACGACUCAGAGCUCUUCACAUGAAAGAACAUCCUGAUUAUAAAUAUAGACCACGAAGGAAACCAAAGUCAUUGUUAAAAAAGGACAAAUAUGCUUUUCCGAUUCCAAUGAUACCAGGUAUGAAUCCAAUGGCAUUCGGUGCUUUAUCGUCAUCGUUCUAUCCUUCUGCAGUUUCCGCUGCGACAGCAGCCGACAGUUUCAUGAACUCUGCAUCAAUGAGUGACAAAAUGAGGGCAUUUUUACCACCAUCAUCAACACAUAGUUUGUAUUCGCAUUUAGAAAAUUUGAAAAGUUUAGACUCUUCAUCUCUAGCUAGUUUACGAUCUCAGGAACUGUCCUCAAGUAAUCCACUCAGUUAUUCGCCGUAUUUCCACCCUCCUACGUCAUCAGCGUUGACGGGAUUACCGCCUGCAGCACACUCACAUCCGGGACAGUAUUUGUUACCUUGCUGCCCUCCUGGAUAUUUACCGUCACAAGACAUCCAUAGACCAGUAGCAUAUGUAGUACUUAAACCGGAAGAACAUUACCGACAUUCGUCUGUUAUGUGAUAUUCAUAGUUAUGACUAUAACAAUGUUUGCUUUGAAAUAACAUUUCUGGCAUACUUGAAUGGCGAAAUUCAAACGCAUACAGUUUGGAUGUGUUUCAAGAAUACAUUUUAUUAUAUGAUGCUGGUGUUAUUCAAAGGGAUAGUGUCCAGACACUUGUUCGGUAUGUAAAAAUGGACAUCAUGAUCUCAUGAAUUUAAACCAUUCUGAACACUCAUUAACUUUUAAAGCCUAGUGCUAAAUAGAUGAAAGACUAAAAGUGCUAGAACUGUUGUCAGAAUAUGUUAUGUUUAUUUAGUUUUAAUGUUAUAAAUGUCUAUUAUCUAUAAUGUUGAUACCUAUUUUUGUUAUUUUUUUAUUGAAAGUAAAUGUAUAAAAAAUAUAUAAUGACAAGCAAAAUAUUCAAACUUCCUCUUAAACUACAAAUAAUCGUUUUACUAUUAGAAAUUGAAGCAAAACUCUUGUAAAUUUAACAUUUUAUAAAUUACUCUAACACUUAAGUUUUUAUUGUUUCUAUUUCUAAACUUAAUAUUAUUGCGGGAAUAAAAUGUCAUAAAGAUUUUUUUCUUGUUCUAGAUUAGUCUUAUAUAGAAAUAAGAUACCUUACAUUCGUUCCAGAAUGACAGGUCUAUAUUGUUAAUUGCAGAAAAAAUUAUACAAAGAUUCGAAAUAAAAUUCUCGUUAUUACAUUGAUAAUAGAGAAUAAGUGUAAGAGAAAAGUUACAGAUUUAUUACAAUUUUCAAAAUAUUUAAAUAGCAUAUAAUUUAAGUUCGACAA